AUGGCAUCGCACGACAAGAUGAAAAGCGCCGAGGCCGACGAUGCCGCGUGGGAAGCCACCCGAGGUGCCUUCGUCGGCGCCGCGAGAUGGGGUGCCGGCGCCGCCGUCCUGGGCGCCUUUGCGUACAAGUUCUCGCCUCUUUACAAGGGCCUCACAAUUCAGUUCAAGAUCUAUAUGCAAAUGUCGGCCAUGGUGUUGGGUAGCAUGCUGGAGGCGGACAAUAGGUUACGAGAGUAUGAGGCCCGAGUCAGGUUGCAGAAGCGCAUUCUUAGGGACAGGGCCAAAUGGGAGAGGUUCGAGCAAGAGUUUCUCGAGAAUCCGAAUGAAAAGAAAUGA